GGCGUCACACGCCUGAGACAACAGCCACCCGCGUCAUCACGCCGCGCCCCACUGCACGCUUUCCCAAAUGUUGAGCUGACAGCGAGUCUCUCAGCUUUCAGAUAAAAUGUCGGUGUUUCACGACGAAAUAGAGAUCGAGGACUUUGAGUACGACGAGGACACGGAGACAUAUUACUUCCCGUGUCCCUGCGGAGACAAGUUCGCCAUAACUAAAGAGGAGCUGGAGAACGGGGAGGAGGUGGCGACGUGUCCCAGCUGCUCGCUCAUCGUCAAAGUCAUCUACGAUAAGGAGUUGUUCAUGUGCGGAGAAAUCGUCGAAGCUCCGUCUUCAGAAACCAAAGUGGAGCUGGUUCAGUCCUGACCUGCAGACCACCGCACUGCUGCUGUAAACUCUCUCUCUCCGCGCAGAGGGAGCAGAUGGGAACGGCGUGGUGGCGUCCUUCUUCUUCUUCUGUGGUGUUUUGGCAGAGAACUUCCCGUAGUUUCUUGUUCUGAACUCGUUUCAGUUAAAUUAUCAGAGUUGGGACGGCGCUGCGUUCAAGUGCUGCUGGGAAACAUCCGGCUGUGUAAAUAUGUGAAUAUUUGUGCCGAUUUUAACAGAAUAAAAACACAAACACAAACUGCA